CCAAUUCCCCUCGACUUGCCCCACGCCCCUCUUCAUCAUUUAGCUUGGUCCCCUGCCCGUUGCGUGUUUCCCUUCCCCUCGUGCAGUCACUCUCCUCCUGUUGUGUGCAGGAAAUCCCAUCUAUACCUUCCUCCACGAUAUCUCAAAUCUCCCAAGGGAUUUGACAAACCACACCGACUCGGACGGCGCCAUUCUCCCGCCUCUUCUCGGUAGUUGGGCAUUUCCAUCAUCCUCCAGGUCCCAUUGAGCACCUACCCUCUUCUACCGGUUCUUGGCCCCCAUUACGGACUUCGAUCCCAUUGCCAGCAUGCUCGCCACGGACAAUCUGGCCCCCCUUCCGGCCGAAGCGCUUACAGCCAUCGGCGAUGCCAUCCGCUCGAAACUGCGCUACUGCCGGCGUGUCGUCAUCAAGGUCGGCACCCAAGUCGUCACUCAGAACUCGGGAUACCUGUCUCUCGGCCGCAUUGGCAGCCUGUGUGAACAGAUUGCGGCCAUCCAGCAACAGGGCCACCAGGUGAUCCUGGUCACUUCCGGGGCCGUGGGCCUGGGUCGUCAGCGCCUGCGCUUCCAGCAGCUGCUGAAUUCCAGCCUGCGGAAUAUCCACCUCCGGGGGAAUGCCGGGCCCGAGGCCCCGGGUCCGGAGCCCACCGUCCCUGAGACCCUCGAUCCGUUGACCGGGCAGCCGAGCCACCACCUCCACUCGCAGUAUACCCCGGGCGCGGAGGAGGCCCUCAAGUGCCGGCAGCAGGAGGAGGCCAUCCGCCGGGCCUGCGCCGCCACCGGACAGUCCUCCCUCAUGGCACUCUAUGACAACCUGCUGGGGGCUCUGGACAUCACCACCGCGCAGAUGCUCCUGACCAGCACCUUCUUCCGGGAUGCGGCGGCCAAAACUCGCCUGGUCCACUCGAUCGAGCUGCUUCUGUCCUACAAUGUUGUGCCCAUUAUCAAUGAGAAUGACGCUGUGCUCCUGAGUGAGGGCUACACGCCGGAGUCAGUGACCGGGGCCAGCCCGUCCGGGGAUUUGGGCUUCCUGGGAGCCGGGUCCGGGGCCGCGAGCCCGCCCUGCUCGGCGGCCGCAGCCGCCACGGCGGCCCUUCAGCAUGGCCCGGAUCAUCACCUCCACCAUCAGCAUAUGCUCCCCACGCCGGGGCUCACUCCGGACGCUUCGCUGUCGGACACGGCGGCCGCGGUGGCGGCCGCCGCCGCCGCCGGCGUCAUGGAGCACAACCCCGAUGAGACCUUCCAGGAUAAUGAUCGCCUGGCGGCGCUCCUGGCGGUGGCCGUGCGGGCGCAUCUGCUUCUCCUGCUGACCGACACCGAGGGUGUGUGGUCCGGCCCGCCCGGUAGCGAUGGUGCCCGGCUGCUGGAUGUCAUGCAUCCCGGCGUGGCGGUCACCUUCGGCGCGGCCGGGGCACGCGGUCGCGGUGGCAUGCAGAGCAAGCUCGAGUCGGCCAUGCUGGCCGCCCAGAUGGGCGGUGUUCGGGCGGUCAUCGCCUCUGGCCAUGCGAACCUCGUGGCCACGCGCGUCAUCUCCGGCGAGCGUGUCGGGACGCUGGUCCUGGCGGACGACCCGCGCCAGGUGAACCUGGCCGCCCUGGGGGUUGCUCCGGCUGAUGUCCAUGAUGCCAUUCAGGCGGAGGCCCGUGCUCGGGCCCUGUCGGUCGGCAGCAGCGGCACCCCGAGCCCCGGGUCCACUACUCCCGGCAGCACCGAAGAGGAGGAGCGCAUGGCCCAGGCAGCUCGAUUGGCUUCGAACUUGGUCCGUUGUGCGUCGGCCGCUGACCGGUCGGCGGUUCUGGCCCGGUUGGCUGACCUGCUGGAAGAGCAGCAGGAGGCCAUCCUCCAGGCCAACGAUCUGGACAUGGCGCGGGCGCAGGCGGCCGCCAACAACCCGACCGAUGACCAGCAGUCGCGCCUGUCGGCCGCCAACCUCCAGCGUCUGCGCCUGACCCCGGAGAAGAUUGGCACCCUGGCCGAGGGUGUGCGCCAGCUGGCCAACGAUGUGGACCCGGUGGAUUCGGUCCUUCAGCGUACGCUCCUGAGCGAGGGCCUGGUGCUGGAGCAAACCCAAGUCCCGAUCGGUGUGCUGCUGGUCAUCUUCGAGUCUCGGCCCGAUGCCCUGCCGCAAAUUGCGGCGCUGGCCAUCCGCUCCGGCAAUGGGCUGUUGCUGAAGGGCGGCCGCGAGGCGACGGCUUCUUGUGCCCUGCUGCAUGGCCUGGUGGCCCGGGCCCUGGGUGAUGUUCUUGGCCCGGCGGCCGCCCGACUGGUGGGCCUGGUGGAGACUCGCACCGGCGUCAGCCGGCUGUUGGCUUUGGACCAGCACAUCGACCUGGUCAUCCCUCGUGGGUCCAAUCAGCUGGUGAGCCACAUCCAGCAGAACACCCGCAUUCCGGUUCUCGGUCAUGCGGCCGGGAUGUGCCACAUUUUCGUCGAUGUGGCAGCCUGCCCCGCCAUGGCGGAGACCAUUGUCCUUGACGCCAAGACGCACUAUCCCUCGGCUUGCAAUGCGGUCGAGUCGGUUCUCCUGCACCAGGGCAUUUGUGGCCCGGCCGCCGGGGCCGAUGGCGAUGACCAGCAGCAGCGGGCCGGCCUGGGCCGCCGUCUGAUCGCGGCUCUGCAGAAUGCCGGCGUUGUGGUGCAUUUGGGCCCGGUGGCCCGGCAGCACUUCGACCGGUCCGGCGUCCCGAUCACCGGGUGCGGCCCGGACGCCGUGGAUCUGUCCACCGAGUACGGCUCGCUGGCGGUCACGGUGGAGGUGGUUGCCGACGCGGACAGUGCCAUGGAGCACAUUCGCCUCCACGGGAGUGCCCAUACGGAGGCCAUCAUCACCGAGGACCAGGCCACCGCGCGGGACUUCCUGGCCCGCGUGGAUGCGGCCUGUGUCUUCCAUAAUGCCUCGACACGCUUCUCCGACGGCUAUCGCAUGGGCCUCGGGGCCGAGGUUGGUGUCAGCACCGGGCGCAUUCACGCCCGUGGCCCGGUCGGCGUGCGCGGGCUGCUGACCACGCGCUGGCUCCUGCGCGGGACAGGGCACACCGCCGGGGACUUCUCCGCCGGGCGCCGGACCUUCCUCCACAAGGACAUCACCGCGGCCAGUGAGGAGUAGUUUCCUCGGCCGCGUGUGUGCAUGUGUGUCUGCUUCUCUUCUCCUCCCUGCUUCCUCUUCCUUUUUCCUCCACAUGGCAGCGAAGAAGGCGAGAGGUGGACGACUCCUUCCCCCCUCCUUUCGACAUAAAUAUAAUCUUUUUCUCGGGCCCCGCGCAUGAAUGUGCGGGUUCGAUUUUUUCCCAAAUA